GUGGGUGUUGUGGGUGUUAUAGGCUCAUAGCUUGUUCAGCUUCUCUGUUAACAACCUGAUCUGGGAUCUGUAGAGCGAUGAGAGAUGUGUUCAGGAACAUCUGCGAUGCUCUUCUGGAUUCUGCUGUUUGCCUGCCUUCUCUUGUUCGUGUGUACAGAUCCUACAGAGGUUAAUGUGGAGCCUGGAAAAGAUGCCAUUCUUCAGUGUCAUCAUCCAGCAGAUUCAGAGAUUGCUGUGUUGGAGUGGCGCCGACCUGAGUUUGAGUCCAACGAGUACGUGUUCUUCUUCCGAAAUGGGCGCGCAUAUGAAAACUACCAGCACGAGUCCUUUAAAGGCCGAGUGGAGCUGAGAGAGCCGUCCAUGAAGGAUGGAGACGUUUCUGUAACUCUAAAGAACCUCAGCGUCAGUGAUGCAGGAACAUACCAGUGUUGGAUUUUAUUCAGCAAAAGCACUGAUGAGCUUAAGUGCUUAUUCAAGCUCAACAUCACAGCAUCAGGUGUCAUGGAUGAAGAGGACAAACAGAUGUGGAGAGACAAGGACAGAGGGGAUGAGGACAGGUCUCCUUCAAAUAUAGAUGAUGUGUCUGUGUGUGCUGUGUUACUUUUUAUUGUCAUUGUUAUUCUUGUUGUUCUAAUGUACAUAAGACAAAGGAACAAAGCAAAGUAUCCCCCCACUUAAGUACAUCAUUAGUCAUUUGUGGAUACAAAUUCUUCUUUGGUUUUACAAACGUGAACAAUGUGCCAUCACUGAAAGUUAGAAAUGCUCCAUUGAACAAAACUAAAGAGCAGCCAAUGUUUGAAGUGUUGUAGAAGUUGGGAAAUAAUUGUGUCCUGCCUGGUAUUAUAAACACGUUAGCACAAUGAAGCUGGAGGAUGAGUGCUAACAAGUGUCCCCAAUGGGUGGAAACAAAUGCAUCAUGUGGCAGGGAGAAUCUACCACUCAAAAUUCUAUCCAGUUAAUACUUUCUUUUAAAUACGUUUGCUGUAAAUACAUAAAAUAAAUGUUUUGUUUGAUUUUGUUUUUAAGGUGUGCUGUUUACCUGUUUCUGAAUUUAGACACUGUUAGUCAAGUCUCUGGUUAACAACUCUUUCAAUAGA